ACAUAAACAGUGUGCCUUCAGUUAACAGAUGCUACCUUUAGCUGCAUGUAACAUUCAAAAAUUAUUAUUUUUUUGCACUAAAGAGUUGGACAUCGCAUGGGGUCAAACCUUGGAGCAGUUUCAUGUUGUUGUUCUAAUAUAGGUGUUAAAAAUAGAAUCAAAGAGCAGCUUCAGUGAAGUGAAAUGACGUGCAAAUGUAUGACCGUGCAACAAAACGGCUGUAUUUAGUAUUUGACACUAGGAACAGAAUCCUUGUCCCACUCCCUUCUCUCUUCAGUCAUUUCCAGCCCUCUCUUCACUGUAUCUCAGUGGUAAGAAAUCAAAAGCACAGAAAUAAAAUAAGAGAAGACUGAGUUGGUCAAAAAAUAAAUAACAGAAAAAUGGGCGGUCUUUACACUUUCCAGUAAGAGACGACAGAAGUAUGUGAGCUUUCAGCACCUCAUGCCAAACCUGAAUGAAAACUGAAAGCAGAGAACAGUUAAUGUGAAGAGAUCAAUGAUUAGCAUUAGCACAAAUUAAUAUUGCUGGCCUUUAAAAGAACAGAAAUGUCUGAUGCUAUUUAUGACGAUGUGAUCAGAACUGAGUCUGAGAGAGCGGAGAUGGUGGUCGAUAUCUAUGGUUGUGCAGAUUGUGUAAGAGAUCAUGACUUCAGGACAGAGACAAACACACACCAACCACUACAGCGUACAGGAAGUGAUUCUGUGAAGAUCAGAAGCUCCAGAGUGGCUGUGGUGUGUUUGGUUCUGUUGUGUGUUCUUCUGCUGACUGCAGUCAUAGUGCUGUGUGUCCACAUCUAUACAAACAACACAAACUACACACAAGAGAGAGAUCAGCUACUAACCAAGAUCAACAACCUCACAGACGAGAGAGACCAGCUAUUACCUAACAACAGCAAUCAUAUACAAUUCAACAAACAUUUAAAUCAUGGGAAAAAUGAACUGUUGAAGUGUUUUAAUGGAAUGGAUGGAUGGUUUUACUAUAAAUUUAGUUUUUACAACAUUUCCUCUGACACGAAGAACUGGAAUGAGAGCAGAAAAUAUUGUACAGAGAGAGGAGCAGAUCUGAUCAUCAUAAACAACAGAGAGGAACAAAAUUUUGUUGAGAAAAUGCUGUAUGGCAAGACACAAUUCUGGAUUGGUUUGACUGACAGUGAUGAGGAGGGCAGCUGGAAAUGGGUUGAUGGCAGCAACAUGACCUCUGGGUUCUGGGAGUCUGGACAGCCCGAUGGACAAACAAGAGAGAACUGUGCUGUGCUUUAUUCACCAGGGUUUCAUGACUAUCCAUGUAACAGCAAUUUUAAAGGGAUCUGUGAGAAGAACAUUUUGUAAAGAACAUGUAAUGCUUAAUCACUUAAAGACCAGGAUCAUUUUGUCAUUGAGCAUUUUUGACAAGUUAUUUAUUAUAUUGUAAUUAAUUUUAACUAUUAAAGCUUUGAAGUGGUUAACAUA